UUUUAGAUCACUUAGCAAUAAUCACUGAACCUAGGACUUCCCCAUUACAUUCAUAAGGUCUAGAACUAGAGAUCUCCCAUUUUAUGGAUGAAAAGAUUGAGGCUCAGAGCAAGAAAGUGAAUUACCAAAGAAUACACAGGGAAUCACGGUUCAAAUGCAAGUCUUCUGGCUCCACGUCGGGGUUCUUUCUAUUUACCAUGUGGUUGUCUCUUUCGUUAAAUACAUGUGAGCUGAGGGAAGUUUAGGAUUCUUGUGGGAGACGGAAGGUCUUUUGGCGAGAGCCAGGGCGAUAUCGAGGAGCUGAUGUGGACCCCCGUGCUCCUGGGACUGCAGGUGGCUCACCAGGGGAUGGGCUGGGGAGAGAAAGGGCACAGUGAUGUCACAAGUGCUGUCUGGCCAGGAAAGUUCUGAGAGUUUCAGUUCCCCUUUGAAGCUCAGGGAGGGAGCAGCUUUUCUGUUCCCGGCAUGCCAUCUGCCAGCCAGCAGUGAGCAGGCCCCGGAAAGGGGGAGAAUGGUACCCUCUCCCAGGGUUCCUGUGAAGGGAGCAAAGCUGGUGGAAGCAGGAACUAUCUGGAAGUUCUAUGUGUCCCAGUCAUGUUUGUUAGCCACUGAGGGACCCGAGGGUGCAGCUGAUGGUGAGACAGUUCUGAGAACAGCAUCAAUGCAGCUACAAAGUGAAAUCUAAGAAGUUUGAACAAAGGAAACUGAAGCAGGAGAAGCUCAAUUAGACAUGCAUAAACCAAGCUCAGAGAGGUCAUACAAUUAGGAGGUGUCAGAAAAGUGGUUCAAACCCAGGCCAAAUUCAGCCAUCAAAUCGCUAUGUCAUGAUUUGCCUCAACCUGCUGACUCCAUUCACAGAGACCAUCGGUUUCUUCACUUGUCAUCUGGAUGGUGAAGUUAUCCUGAGGGGGGAGAAGGAAGAAGAAGGGCUUCACAAUGCAAUAACUAUUCAUGAGCUGGUGCUUGAGGCGGCCACUAAGUAUCCCCAUUUCAUUGCUCUGGGGACAAAGAAAAUGGAUGAAUGGGAAACCAUAACCUAUAUCGAGUAUUAUGAGUUGUGUCGGAAAGCAGCAAAAUCCUUCCUCAAGCUUGGUCUCGAGCGCUUUCACGGUGUGGGGAUCCUGGGCUAUAAUUGCAUCGAAUGGUUCGUUGCUGACAUUGCCAGCAUUUUUGCCGGAGGCAUUUGUGUAGGCAUUUUCCCCACCUACUCUUCCCAAGCCUGCCGGUUUAUUGCUGACAACUCCAAAGCUAACAUCUUAAUGGUGGAGGAUGACUGUCAACUUCAAAAGAUUCUCAAGAUCCAGGAUCACUUACGUCAUCUGAAAGCUAUUGUCCAAUAUAAAGACAAACUGACAAAGAAGCUACCUAACACUUACACUUGGGAAGAAUUCCUCACCCUUGGGAGAAAUGUUUCUGAUGAAGUGCUGGACAGGGUCAUUGAUUCACAGAAACCCAACCAGUGCUGUAUGCUGGUCUAUACCACGGGGACCACGGGAGCACAGAAGGCAAUUAUGAUCAGUCAUGACAAUAUCACAUGGACCACAAUGGCUGUGCUCCAAAACCUUCCCUACACUUAUCCCCCUGAUAAUCAAGAGAUGCUGGUGAGCUACCUCCCCCUCUCUCUGAUCACAGCUCAGAUUUUUGAAAUAUGGAUCCCUAUCGCCAUUGGGGCUGCCAUCUUCUUUGCUGAACCUGAAGCCAUGACGAUUCGGGAAUCUCUGAUAAACACACUGCGGGAGGUGAGACCUACUACCUUCUGUGGAGUUCCUGAAAUCUGGGAAGAGAUACAGCAGAAGCUGUAUUCAGAACAGAUGCUGGCCACCUCCUUCAAGAAGUCUAUGAUCGUCUGGGCCAAGAAAGUGGGACUGAAAACAAACCUGAACCGGGAAACUGAUGACCAUGCUCCUGUUGGCUUCCGCGUGGCCAAGAAGCUGAUAUAUAAGAAGGUCCGACGGAAUCUGGGCUUUGACCGCUGCCUCCAGUUUCUGAGCUCCGGGUCUGGUUUCUCCAGGGAAGUCCAGGAGUUCUUCCUCAGCUACGACAUCAUUGUGUUGCAGACAUAUGGCCUGACAGAGUGCACGGGAACUCAUUCUGUCUCCAGUGGGAAAGACUUCAAGCCAUACAGCAGUGGAAAGGCCAUCAUGGGCGCCAAAAGCAUGAUCCGGUAUCCAGACCAAAAUGGUCUGGGCUACUUCUGUAUCUGGGGCAGGCACCUGUCCAUGGGCUACUUGAACAAUGAAUAUAAGACAAAAAGGCUUUUUGACAAUAAAGGCUGGCUGAACACUGGAGACAUGGGCACCCAGGAUCCCGAGGGCUACAUCCACAUCACCGGCAGGACAGAAGAAAUCAUCAUAACCAAUCAAGGGGAAAAAAUCUUUCCUGGACCAAUUGAGAAUAUGCUGAAAAAAUACAUUCCCAUUGUCCGCUACGCUUUGAUUGUGGGACAACAAGCCAAGUUCCUGAGCGCACUGCUGACGCUGAAGUGUGAGAUCAAUCUGGACACUGGUGAGCCUUGCAAUAUGCUGACACAAGACGCCAUCAAUUUUUGCCGAAAGCACAACAGUAAGUCUGUCAAAGUGACAGACAUCAUAGAUAACAAAGAUACCAUCAUCGACGCAGUAAUACAGAGUGGCAUCGAUAAAAUCAACCAGAAAGCCGAGUCUGAUUCUCACAAGAUCCUCCGAUGGAAAAUCUUAGAGAAGGACUUCUCAGUUACAGGUGGAGAAUUAGGUCCCACCUUGAAGCUGAGACGGGCGCAUGUCACCAGAAUGUACCAAACGUUAAUCUCCAGUUUCUAUAUCUAGCUCUCUCUGUGGUCCAGGUUGCCAUGGACUGUGGAAGGCUCUCUCCUUUUUUAUCAUGCGAAUGUGACUCCAUGAAGAACGUGAUGAUCCUGAAGUUGUCAGUGUUUAUAAACCUCCUCUUGGGGAACAGGUUUUAAAAUAAAAUUCUAUCUCCCACAGGAGAUCAGGAAA